GUAGCGGGUCGGUCGCGUGACUUCGCUCUACAAGACUACGUGUGUAGUACACGUUCGCGUAUUUAUUACACUUUGAAUAAUUAUAUUCACGUGGGAAUUUAAAUUUUUAGUGUCGUGAAUAAAUGAUAGUGAAUCUUUAGUUUUCAUAAAUUCCAGGUCGAGCUUCGUGAAUAAAUUUCACGAACCAGUUACCGGCUGAGGACUGAAAGACUAAUAGGUGAACGUAUAAAGAAAUGUGAAUAAUGUAUGGAGCAUUUAUAAUAAUUGUUGACGCGUGGACGUUUGUGAUAAAAUAAUGUGUAGAUGAUUAACUGUGACGCUGUCAAAAUGGCAAUGGUUAUAUCACAAACUACAAAAGCGGCGAUUGGUGGGUUUUUGGCGCUAAUGAUCCUGGGUGCUGUGUUGGUCGUCGGUGCGGCGUUUGGAUGGUUCGAUCCAAAGAGGGAGGAUGAAGAUACUCCGGCGAAGAUAAGUGCACGACUGCAAGGGAGGACUUCAUUUGUCACGCAUAGAGCUGUAAACCCAGAUGAAAACAGAUUACCAGUUAUAUCUAACUCAUCACCAUUCGUUCCUAAAGAAGAUAAAGGAGAAACUGUCACGUUGUCGUCUCAAUGUAAAUGCAGCGUGAAUGAUCUAUCACAAAUACUGUCGCUGGUACCAGGCUUAAAAGGAUCACCAGGCCCACAGGGUAUCACUGGAGCUGAUGGUAUGACUGGAGCACCUGGUAAAACAGGUCAAAUGGGAGAACAGGGUCCAACUGGGCCUCAAGGCGAAAGGGGAGAGCGAGGUGAGAUUGGUGAACCUGGAUCUCCGGGUAUUGAAGGUCAACCUGGACCAAAAGGAGAUCCUGGCUCCGAUGGUACACCAGGGCUCCAAGGGCCUCCUGGACCACCAGGACCUGCAGGAAUCAUUUCCUCCAAUUUGGAAUCUACGGGAUCAUAUGGCAGUGAAAGAGGAAUAAGUGUGACGGGAGAAAGGGGUCCCAUAGGCCCUCCAGGUCCCCAAGGUGAACGCGGCUACCCUGGCAAUAAGGGGGAGAAGGGAUUACAUGGAACUAAGGGCGACAAAGGCGAGCGAGGUUAUCCGGGGGUUCGAGGUCCACAUGGUGUGAAGGGUGAAAGAGGCCAGGCAGGCAAAGACGGUCUGCCCGGUUUGCCUGGCGCCAACGGACAACCGGCUGAGAAAGGCGAGAAAGGUGCUCGAGGUUUGCCUGGUCCACCCGGACUUCCAUCGCCCAGUAUUUCAGAUAACUCAGUUUUGGGAGACUUAGUCCGAACAGGUCCUCGGGAUGUUAAGCUAAAAGGCGAUAAAGGGGAAAGAGGAGAAAAGGGGGAAAAGGGAACACGCGGUAUUGAAGGACCUCAGGGCUUUCCUGGAAACGACGGCAAGGCUGGCGAACGCGGAGAUAUUGGACCGUCGGGACUACCUGGCACACAGGGGCCUGUGGGAUUAACGGGCCCUAAAGGAGAAAAGGGUGAUUCAGGGCCUCCGGGGCCGGUAGCUAUUUCUAGAGAUGAAGCUAUCAUUAUGACAAAGGGUGACAAAGGUGAGCCUGGACCAAGAGGAAAGCGUGGCCACCCGGGCGCCCCUGGUCCCAGGGGCCCGCCAGGGGUCCCCGGGCCCCCAGGAGAACCUGGCACGAAUGGACUAUCUGGCGAUAUUGGGCUUCCAGGAUGGACAGGUCCCCCGGGUGUAGCUGGUCAACCUGGAGCUCAAGGUCCAAAGGGUGAGAAGGGAGAUCCAGGUCUUACGAAAGCAGAACUGGACAAGAUUAAAGGUGAAAAAGGCGACAGAGGUUUGGAUGGCACUCCGGGGACUCCUGGAAAGGAUGGACCAAGAGGUCCCCCGGGUCCCCCGGGCUCCUUGACAGGCAAUGUGCAGUACGUCUCUGUACCGGGACCACCCGGGCCUCCGGGGCCUCCCGGGCCAGCAAUUGCUAUCGCUAAUGAACACCCAAUGGACACUUUGACUGAUAGCCCGGGGAUUAAUCGACACGAACCGACUGCGGGGAAAUCAAGAGACGCAUUACAAAUUUUGAGGAGCUUAAACCAUUACAUGUCUCGACAAGGCCAAUACGCUGACUUUUCUGAUCCAGUGGACCCCCUGAGUGACUUUGAUGAAGAGGAAGACGGAAGAACUAUCAUUGGCACGAUUCUUUUUAAAACCACAGACUCUUUACUACGGUUGGGAACAAAAAGUCCAAGAGGCACGCUGGCUUAUGUCAUUCAGGAACAAGCUUUGCUGGUACGAGUAAACAACGGAUGGCAGUAUGUGGCUAUGGGGACGUUACUGGCAAUACACAGUUCACCAGUCGGCGGCCCUACCCGAACACCGCAGCAGAAUAUUCUAGAGACUUCCAGUUUAGUACAUCACAAGAAUCCCGCGGGAGGCGGCCCAGUGCUUCGUCUGGCCGCGUUGAAUGAACCUCACACAGGAGAUAUGCACGGCGUAAGCAGUACCAAUUACGAGUGCCAUAGACAAGCUCAGAGAGCCGGCUUGGAUGGCACUUUCCGAGCCUUCAUAUCUUCAAGGGUUCAAACAAUCGACUCGAUAGUGAGCUGGGUGGAUCGAGAAAUACCAGUUGUGAACACAAGAGGUGACGUCCUGUUCAACUCCUGGGGUGAGAUGUUUGACGGAUCGGGAGCGUUGUUUGCGCAUGCGCCUCGGAUAUACAGCUACAACGGCAAGAAUGUCCUUGUGGAUCCAAGUUGGCCAAUAAAAGCAGUGUGGCAUGGAGCAAUACCUAACGGAGAGCCAGCAAUGGACGCGUAUUGUGACGCGUGGCACAGCAGCAAUCCUGAGAAGCUUGGUCUAGCUUCCUCAUUGAGAUCUAACAAAUUACUGGACCAAGAAACUUAUUCGUGUAGUUCAAGAUUAAUUGUGCUGUGUAUUGAAGCUACUCCUGUGGAUACAGCGAGAAGAAAAAAAAGAUCUAAGUACGAGUAUCGCGCGGACAAAUUACAUUUCCUCAAAGACAUCGAACAAAAGAACGCAACGAGAGACGUAUUAUUAUAGAUGUUUUAUAUUUAAUGUAAUAAAAAUGAAGACUGUAAAUAACAUAUUAAUGUAUGCAAUAUUCAAUUCAAGUGGAGCAUGAAGACAAUAUAAAGCGCUAUUUAUUUUUGUGUGCAGUUUCCGACUCUCAAUCAUAUUAUCGAUAGAAUAUUGCAUGAAGAUUUAGAUUUAGAAUUAUCAUUAAUAUCACACGAGAAAUUAUAAAUGUAUUUAGGUUUGUGAUUUUAUCUGUAUUUCGCCUCUACAUAAGGCAUCCUCAGGAGAUGUUUACUGCUUGAGAAUCUUGAGUUAAGAUAACUCAAAUAAUUUGGACAGGUACACAAAUCUACCAAUACCUAGGUAUUUACUAUUACAGUAUUGUAAAAAAUGAAAUUAUAUCAAAAAUUUGAGUUCCUACACAAAACGAAAAAAAAGUUAUAAAAUUGAUUUCUAUUUUAAUACUUUAAUACCUCCCAAGAGUCUCUCUCUUGAACACCAAAGCGUUUCAUUCAGUUUCUGAUUUAUAAUAUACUCUUUGCCUUGUGCCAAUUUCAGAUCAAUCUAUUCUCUAUGGAUAUAAUAUAAUGAAAAUGUUUCAGAGACCGGCAAUAUAAUACGUAGCAUAAUUGAAAAAUUCAAUUUUUAACGCAAAAUAAUAAUUAUAUAGAAUUUGCCUACGUUUUAUAUUGAACUUAGGGUUUGCCUUGUUGAAUAUAAUAUUUGUUAAUUAGUUAUCAUUAUUUCCUUAACUUAUUGUAAUAUCUUAACAAAAAGAUGUUAACAUCCAUACUGUAUAUUCUGUUAUAGAUGGCAAAAUACUUCUGUAUUUUGAAGUCAUCCUUGACCUAGCGUUACUAUUACAUCACAAAUAUGGUAGCCACUCCCUCUCUCAACUUGCGGGGCUUAUAAAUUACGUAGUUUUUUGUUAAUUGACAGAAAAUGACUCUCACAUUUUUUUAUCAUAUUGUAUUUUAUAGAAAAGUAAUGUAAGAUAAAUAAGGAAGUAACUAUUUGUAUGAGAUUAACAAUGAAAAAGCCGAUUUUCCAAGUAGCUAAUUAAUUUCAAGAAACUACAGCUUAAACUGGAAACUUUGAGAGUUAUAGCGCUGGGUUUUGGGGACGCAACUUUAAGGUUUCACUGUUUAGUCUCAGCGGAGUGUAGUUGAAAGCUACUUCUUAAAUGAAUGUUCUUACAAAUAAUACAAAAUGGAUAUUGUAUUGCUGCAAACCUGUUUAAAGUUCCUCUGUUUAAUAUCAGUAUUACUAGAAUAUUCAUGGAAAUACAUAAAACAUUGUGAAGUGGUACGAUACCAAAGUAUAAAUAUUUUUUUAUAAAAAUCCCUUACGAGACGAUCAGGACGUUCAGCUGAUGGUAAUUGAAACGCCCUACCCAUUACAAUGCAAUGCCGCUCAGGAUUCUUGAAAAACCCUACAAUUCUGAGCGGCACUACAAUUGCGCUCGUCACCUUGAGACAUAAGAUGUUAAGACUCAUUUGCCCAGUAAUUUCACUAGCUACGGCACCCUUCAGACUGAAACACAGUAAUGUUUACACAUUAAUUCUUUCUUUUCUCCAUUUCCCCCUCUUAUGUUAAAAAAAUCUUGGAAUGUCUGUUGAAAUUCAUUUCUAUCCUUAAUAUCUAAAGAUAUUUUGUGUUCGUCUCCUGUGCAAAUCUCACAAAAGUUCUUGUCCACGUGAGCAAUUUGUAGAACGACUUAUAAUCCGCAGUGUUUAUAUCGUACUGUCAUUAAUUUUUCUACAGGUGUAUAAUAAUUAUGAUAAGGUAUAAUUAAAAUAUUUUAAAUUUUAAAGAUUAACAAGUUGAAACUAAUGCAUAAAUUAAGUAGUAUUUAUUCAACCAAAACAAAUCUUAUUACUAUAUUGACAAUACUAUGACUACAUAAACUAUCAUUACGUGGAUGCGUACCUAAAAUACUGGCAGCAUUUCCGCGUUGGAUAGCUAGGCUGAUCCGUUGACCGAGAUAGCUGCCAGCACUUGGGUUUCCAGUAGCCUUAUUGAGGCACGAAGAUAGUAGUUUGAACAUUCUCCGCGCGUCUGGGCCCCAUGGGCCAAGUGUCUUGACACCAAAGGGCACAAAGAUGUAUGACUCACUGAGACCAACAUAUUUGCGACGCUUGCCGUCUUCGGCAGUUGAAGCAGCAGCCCCAGCACCAACUUACGUAACUUGGACUUGAGAAGGAGCCAGAGUAUCGACGCAAGUCGCGUCCCACAGCAGCGCCCUUCCCCGUGCCCAAGCCACCAGCGUCAUUCCAUCAGGACGCUUGCCAUCGCGGCGGGUAAUACCAUUUAAUAUACCAGUUCUAAAACAGCAGGUAUAUUAAGAGCGGCAAACGCCCUGCGGAUGACUUCAUUAAUGCUGGCGUGACGACUGAUACGGCCCGCCGAUUUUAGGCAGGAUAACCCGUGCCACCCUAGAGCACCUACCUGAACGCCACAUCUACAUUGAUUUGGUUCAUUCAAUUUUAUACCUAGCCGGAGUGAUACGGAUAUUGACAAUGUCAUAUUGUCAAGUAGCGUUCCAAUCGGCGCAGAAGGCAAGGCUUGUAACCAAAAGCCCGACUCAUUUUGUGACUCGGCCAACAGACGAGCACGCUCUGUUCUGUCAGUAGAUGAGAUCAAAAGAUCAUCAAAGGCUGACUUACAAAGAAGUGCGUCCCAUGCUUUUUGACACUUUAAAUCGUCUGGAAAAUUUUCAACAUUUGCAAUAUUUAUCCAAGCAUUGUUAGCUUCGUUCCAAUACGCAAUCUCUGAGUUACCUGGUAUAUGCUGGUAAGGCAACUCCUGAAACUUUGCGAGUAGCCAAACUGCCAAACCGUAUCGGUAAAGAGGCUUGAGACCAUGCUGUAUCUGUAAACGCGCAAUUCUAAACGGUUUCUAAAAUAUUUUUAAGUAAAAUAUCAAUUACAUCAAGUAAAUUUGAAAAUUUCCAUAACGGGCUAGACCUUAAGAGGUACGUAAAUUUUGGAACAAAUAAACAAGACCGUAUAAUAGUUAAGGCCAUAUGAGAAUUAAUUUUAAAUAAUCUUUCCGAAACGUUAUUAAUUUUUUUAGUGUGAUUAUUUAAAAUCGUUGGAAUUGAAACAGGAAAUAAUGGAGCUCCAAGAAGGUGAAGUGAAUUCUUAUCCAAAACUUUAAUAUUGGAGGCCAGAACAUAAAAUUUAUUGGCCUAUUAUCAACCCAGUCUGAAAUUUGGAAUUAUUCGCCGAUAAAAAGUUCGCAUUUCGAAAAAUUUACUCAAGGCCGAUUGAGCUAAAACUUUCUAUUACAUCUUUCAAAUCAUCUAAAACAGUGUCCACUUUAUUACCUAAAGUGCCAUCGCCAUCGCCAUCAUCCAAGUAAUUGGUACUUGAUUACUUAAAAUUUCGAUUUUGGUUUUGAUAUGGCGGAAUGAAUGGCUAGGCUAAAUAUUGCUGGACCAAGAGGGUCGCCUUGCUGACAGCCAACGGAAGACCAAAUAUUAUGAUUUUUGAAUAAUAAUUUGGAUGGUUUUCUAUAACAUUGCCAAAUAUAAUGACAGAUUGAAGGAUUUGAAUUUUUAACUUCUCUCAGCAAAGCUCCCCUAUCAACAGAGUAAAAAGCAUUUUUGAUAUCUAAUUUUAGAAAGACAUCUCCAAAGUUACUCUCCAAAAAUAGUACGUGCGCAGCGUGGACUGCACCUUUGUAGCCACAACCCAACUGAGUUGGGAUGAGUUUAGUUGAUAGGAAAGGAGAAAUAUGUCUACAACAAAUUAUAGAAACAAGGCGUCGAAAGGUGCAGCCCAUGGCUAUAGAACGAAUACCACCAUCUUUUUUCUUAAGAGCGCAUAUAUUCGCGCCAUAUAAUUACUGCAAAUUGUAUAUAAUAUGAUAAGAUGUCGGAAACCGCAUAGUCAGCCAUUUAGAUCAGUCAUUGUAUAUAACUUAUAAAAGUAAAAGUUUAAUUCUCAAUAAAUUUGUAAUUUAUGACUUGCAUUUCUAACAAUGUUGUUCCCAAUCUGUAAUUAUUAUUGGAUAGCAAUUAUAGUAUAUAGAAUAGUACUUUUGUUUAGUAAUUUGUGUAAGCUUUUGUAUGUACAAUGUCUAUCGACCAACUAUGGAGGCUUACUCGCAAAUCGAUUAAUAAAUUCAGAAAAACUGUCGAACGUGCAAUACGUUUACUUGAUUGUAAGCGUUACACCCUGCCUAUUACAGUGCCAAGGAUUCUUGAAACACAAAAUUUUGAGGGGCAUCGUAAUCUCGUUUCUUUCAGACAAAAUAAAGUAUCCCAAACUACUUAGAAAGAUCAUUUAUAAUAUAAACUGUAAAUAGAUAAUUAAUGUAUUAUGUGAAUUAUCUUUUAAGAAAUAUAUAACGCUAAGCGAUACAAGCAACUUAUUGCUAAGAGCAGAGUUCUCAAUGACAGGAGUGACCAGUUACCCCAAAAGUACCACGAGCGAUCACUACCAUCAACAUACUUUAGGGAAUGGAACUAUGCCCUACCAAAAACUGAACAAUUUGAUUAUCAGUGGAUAGGUUACAAACAGAAAAUUUGUAGUUUUGAAUCAAUUGUUAUAAUAUAUUUUAAUGUUUUGCGAGUAAAUUACCACUUGUUUCCAAAAUUUUCACUAUAGCAUUUCUAUUUAAAUUUUGUAUUAUACAUAUUGCACGUAAUUUAUUAAGUUUUAUAAUAAAUAUGUAAAUAUAUAAUAUACAUUAUUAAAGCUUAAACAUAUUAUUUGUAUGGUAUUGUCAAUAUCUUUUUAAACCGGGAUUAUACUUUAAACAGCUUCUCAUUUAGCACAUGCUUGUUUCAAAGUGUUUCCGUUCCAGUUACACUCUCAAUUUUGCUUGUUACCAGCAGUAAAAGGAAACAUGAAUAAAAUAAGCGAAAAUUACGUAUUCUGGCUCUAAAAUUGACAACUAUGAAGAUCUGUUUCUACUCCAUGACACAAGCCUUGAAAACACUAAUGAGUUUAAUUAUUAAAUAGCCUCUCAGAAACAACCCUCAUUCGGUCCUAGAUUAAGCCGUCUAUUUGUGACGGUUGUAAAUUGGGAUACCGCAGAUGUCAUUUUUGAAAGAAUUGAUUGUAUAAUGAUGAUAAUAAAAUACAUUUUUUAUCACAAUAAAAUUCUUGGGAUUUAUUUAUGCUUACUGUCUCAAUUAGUUUAUAUAAUAUGUUGUAUAUAUAUACUUUUAAUAAAUGCUUUGUUAUUAAUUAAGCUAUUAUAAAGUUUAUUGUACGUAAGAGUACGAUUGUUUUGAAAAUAAAUUCUUUUUUAAUA